AUGAAGUGGGAGGCAGCAGCCGACUCCGUUAUGAAGAAACUCAGGAGCCAAAUGGUCACCGGAUUCCCAAAUGACAAGUGUAAUUUGGACCUUGAUAUACGUCCGUACUGGAACGUGAAGGAUUGUUUGGCCAUCGACGAGUCCGACGACAUGAUUGUCGUCGGACCCAGAGUUGUGAUUCCACAAUCGGUUCAUGCCGACAUUUUACGCGACUUGGUGCAGAUGCACCAAGGCGUGACGAAAACUCGUCAACGGGCUCGAACGUCCGUCUACUGGCCUAGUAUUGAUAAUGACAUCAUCAACGCAACUAAAAAUUGUGAAGAGUGCACCAAGCAUCUGCUAUCCCUCCCACCGGAACCGUUCAUGUUACGUCAACCACCCACCCACCCUUUUGAACAAAUUAUUUUCAGCAACUGUCCUUAUGUGGUCACAUUCCGCGACAAAAACACCACGGCCCGUCAAGUGGUCGAUUAUGUGCGAAAGUUUUUUUCAAAUGUGGGUGCGCCACUUGCACUUUGGUCCGACAACGGGCCUCAAUUUGAAGCAGCGGAGUUCUGGUCAUUCCUGGCUGAUUGGGAUAUAACAGCCCUCACGUCAUCCCCCCAUUAUGCCCAGUCUAAUGGGCGCGCCGAGUCGGAAAUCAACACGAUGAAAUCCCUUAUCUAUGGCUCCUGGACGUCUGGCGCAUUCAACGCUGCCAACCAUCGCCGCUCUUUUGCCCCCGAGUGGCAGAAAGCGGCCAACAUUUUAGAAAAACGGGCCCGGCGAUCGAAAGAGCUGCAAAUUGCUCGCUACAACAAAAAGACGCGGCCACUAACUCCGUUUGUGGUCGGCAACCAGGUUCUCAUUCAACACCCGGGAAGCAAGCUAUGGGACACGCCUGGUGUUAUUGUCGGUCGGUCGGUCGAAGUCGGCAAACACCGCGACUACUUGAUCAAAACCCCAGCUGGCCGCGUAUUUCAACGCAAUCGACGUUUUCUCCGCCUUCGCGUCCCAAUGUUUCCAGCACUUGCCAGUCUUCCGAAUGGUUCUGCGUUACCCCACCCGGGGCCCGCCCAGCAGAACCUGGCGGAUUCGAUUCUGCCACCGGAAUUGCAGCCGUCACCGCCGCCACUUCGCCGAUCUGCGUGCGCCCGCCAACCUAAGCGAGUCCAUUUCCCAAAUGAUUGGACACAGUUAUUUAAUUUUGUUCGAAUGCCGUCUCACUUUGUGUUUACUGCAUUACUGUGUCAUGUUAUCUCCAAUUACUCGCUUCCCUGGUAG